AAAAACUUUAUUAACAACACGGAAAAUUAACUGGAAAAGUAAAGUCCGGAAGGCAGCCGGAUGUGUCUCGGGCUGCGUGGCUGUGAGGGAGGAGCGGCCUGCGCAUCCAGCAUUUGUUUUCCUUCUCUUCCUGACCUGAGGAGCUUGUCUGUCAGGCGGUGACGUAACAUUAGGAGGCGGUGUCUUGUGUGUGCGUGACGUCACGGCGUCCUCCUCCCCACGUAGAGGCUGUGGAGCUGGCCUGAGACGUCACUACCGUCACCUACAUCUCCCCCAGCAGAAGGAUGCAGCCGCCGGGCCCUGCCCUGCACCCCCACAACAACAACACGGGGGACUUCACCUUCGUGUCAUCCACCGAGGCUGAAGACCUUAGUGGCUCCAUUGCUGCUCCCGAUGUAAAGUUAAACCUUGGUGGAGAUUUUUCGAAGGAAUCGACGGCCACAACAUUUCUUCGACAAAGAGGGUAUGGAUGGUUACUAGAAGUUGAAGAAAAUGACCCUGAAGACAAUAAACCUCUCUUGGAGGAGCUGGACAUAGACCUUAAAGACAUUUACUAUAAAAUCCGCUGCGUUCUUAUGCCAAUGCCAUCCCUUGGGUUCAACAGACAAGUAGUAAGAGACAACCCUGAUUUCUGGGGGCCACUUGCAGUUGUUCUGUUCUUUUCAAUGAUCUCCCUGUAUGGACAAUUUAGGGUUGUGUCUUGGAUCAUUACAAUUUGGAUAUUUGGAUCACUGACCAUCUUUCUACUGGCAAGAGUUCUUGGUGGUGAAGUUUCUUAUGGACAGGUGCUUGGUGUUAUAGGAUACUCCUUACUGCCGUUAAUUGUUAUUGUCCCUGCACUUAUAGUUGUUGGAUCCUUUGAAAUUGUGUCUACGAUAAUCAAGCUGUUCGGAGUGUUCUGGGCGGCUUACAGCGCGGCCUCAUUAUUAGUUGGAGAAGAGUUCAAGACAAAAAAGCCACUUCUUAUUUAUCCCAUCUUUUUAUUGUACAUUUAUUUUCUAUCUUUGUACACCGGAGUGUGAGGACCUAUAAGAUGCUCUAUUCAUUUGGUACAGUGGUCAAGUAUAGUGCUGGAUGAUCGGUGAGAGGUUUCGCCCUCCCAAACCUUUGGUGUGCAUUACGCCUAUGUUGUAUAUAUUAAACCUGAAGCUCUUGUAAGGGGGCUCAUUCUUUAUGGCAAUAUGGUGCAGGCCUAUCUGACAUAGAAGGGACCUACAAAGCAAUUAAAGUUCUAACUUUUUUAUGAUGUUAGCAUUUAUUUGUCUUACAUUGAAAGUAUAAGAAUAUCUUGAGAAAAAGAAAGCAGCGAUUUUAUUGGUCUUUUCCACCCUUACAUGAUGUAUAUAGCACAUGACUGUUAUCAGAUCUGGAACACGUAUCACUCUUUGUAUCUUGGGUACAGAGGCCAACUUGAUUUUAUUUUACAGUAAGCAAAAGGAAGAUGUGUAUUCAGCUUGCCCUUGUAAGCAGUAAGAAAUUGAUUGUAAGCAGUAAGUUAUCGAUUUUCUCUCUGGGAUAAUCUUCUUGUUAAGUGAAUUUAAAUAUUUCACGACUUAUUGGCAUAUAUAUGUGUGUAUGUGUG